ACCUACAGGCAGACGUGGACUGCCACCAGCCCGGCAUCGAGUCGCUGCACCAGUCGGGGAACCAGGUGGUGCGCAGCAUGGGGGCGCGCGAGUCGCACAAACUGCAGGCGCGGCUGGAGGAGAUGAACAAACGCUGGCUACACCUCAUGGAGAAGUCAAUGGAGAUACGCGGUCGUCUGGAGAGUAACGUGGAGCAGUGGUCAAGACUGGUCAAGACUCUCCAGAGCCUGGUGUCCUGGGUCAGUGCCCGGCAGGUGGAUCUACAGCAGCAGCAGCCUGUGGGAGGGGACCUGGCCAGUGUCCAGCGGCAGUUGGUGGAGAACCAGCGACUGCGACAAGUUCUGGAACUGAAGCGACCGUUGGUGGAGCAGAGUCUGGAUGCUGGAAAGUUCUAUCUGAAGGAAGAGGGAGAGGAAAUCUCUCGCUACGACAGUGGUGGGGAGAGUGCUGAUGACAGCGGGUCCGAACCUGUGCUGGAGAACGACGCUCCCAACUUAAUGCGGAACAUCAAACGCCAGGUGCACGUGCUCAACAAGAAGUGGACGGAGCUCAAUCAGUCGUGUCUUAACUGGCAAAUCAAACUGGACGAGGUGGCAGAGGUAAAUGCCUUCUCUUUGCCUCUCUCUCUCUCUCCAUUCAGUUCACAGAGCUUUCAGCUGAAGUUUCCACUCCAAGGAGAGGUUGAUGACGUCACAGACCAGGCCAACCGCCUCCAGGAAAACCACGUCAUCCUAUCCCACCACAACGUCCACAGACUAGAGGACUUCUCUCAGAGGUGCUCAGCCUAA